AUGCCCGCGUGCGCGUGGCUAGCCCUGCCGCCGCGGCCCGGCGCGGGCCGCUGUCGAAUGGAAUACGCGAGCUGUUUUCGGUGCGUGUACCCGCACGACGAAGAGGAGCCCUUGGGAGACGAAGCGCCUCUUGAGACUUGUGACUGUGGCUGUGGGACUUGUUACAAUUAUACAGAAUUAGAAGAGGCAUUUGAUUGUUGA